AUGGUAUCGGCAAACAAGCAUACAUGGAUUUCGCCCUUAGGCUUUGUUGUGUCAGUGCUGCUUCUAAACGUUGCCCUUUGUGAUGAGCCCAGCAAAUUACAGCGAAAACUAACUGCUACGCUGAAUCCUGGUUGCAGAGAAUUCUGCGAAAAUAACACAGCCAUCACACUGGUGCAUAUUGCGGCCACGUCCGACACGGACACGAUCCAUUAUGUGUGGGAUUUUACCGGCAAGCCUACCAUUCUGGUAGCACUAACUAGCAAGCAGGCCGAAUUCCACAUCGAUUGGCCCAGGUUGAUGGAGAGCAAACCGGGAUCCGUACGAUUUACCGAGGCACCGCAGUACACGUUCAUGGCGAUUAUCAAUCGGAUUUUUCAAUACAAUGAUGCCGACGAUCGAGCAAUGCUGGAUGAGGGGACGAAUGCAUUCGUUUACGACCCACACAACUUCAUCUGGAACAGGAGCCUACUGUGGUCGAACGAGGAGGGCGUCAUGAUGGCGAUAAAUGCGGGCGAUGAUUUCCUGUUCAAGUUGAAUGCCUACUCGACGAAAGAUCAUGGCAUGGACUUUCCACAUCUGUUACACACUUCCAACUCCACCCAAAUUGACAUCGUGUUUAACAACAUAACGAACCGUUUCGCCAAUCCACGGUUCGCGAUAGAGCUACUGUUUGUCGUCUCAGAGCAAGCCGUUGUCGGAUCGGAGUUUGAGGUCACGAAACGCAAAACGCUGGAUGACGAGCACACGCCGGGCAUCUUCGAAAUUGUUGACGUACUAUCACCGGGAGCUUUCACUUUUUCAGCCGGUGGCUACAUCGAGUAUCGCCCCGUUUCCUACACCCACCCGGAACGAGAUGUGGCCACCUCGACCGAAACGCGGCAAAGUCAGCCGAUCACUGUACGGUCCCCGUCGGCCGUGCUGCAAACCACUCUGGCGUACGCACUGUACGGUAACAAGCUGGACAGCUAUCUAGUGCAGGGCAUGAAUGUUUCGUUCGGCGUCAGCGAGGAUGGCUUCUAUCGCAAGACCAACUACACCACCAUGACCUUCCAGGUUGGGUACGGAAUGCCACCGGUCGAGGAGUUGUCCGCAUUCGUGCUGAUUGUGGCCGGCAUCGGGAUCGGAGUACCGCUGGUUGUGCUGAUCGCUAGCUCAAUUUACGUUUGCACAAAGAAACUACGCAAUCGGGACCGAUUCCAGCAACAGCGGCUGUAA